GCGGGCCCAACGCGGCGGUUGUUUGGCCGUUGGGGCCGUGAAGCGGCGGCGGCGGCGGCGGCGGCGGGACCCCCAGCCCGGGACCUUUAUCCCGGGGCUUUUCCAGCGGGGCUCCCGCCGGGCACCCCCAUCCGCCAGCCUCCCGGGGUGCCCGAAGCCGCUCUCCCAUGCUCGCGGAGAUUCUGGCGCUCCGCAGGGGCACGAUGAGCGCGUCGGACCGCGCUGCGGGGACCCCACGCUGCACAAGGCUGCCAACCCACCGUGCCUCAUCCAGAUCUGCCGAGUCCCAGGCUCUGAGUCAGGACGACUUCACUUCUCUCCCGUCAAUCAGCGAGCGCUUGGCCCAUCUCGAUCCCUCCCAUGAGCUGCUGGAGUAUUACCGCAAGAAGAUUGCUGACUUUGAUGAGGAACAUGAGGAGCUGGUAAAAAGGCUGGAGAAAUACAAACAAGCAUAUGAUGAGCAGCACCAGUUGCAAUGGGAAGUCCGUCACUUGGAAGAGGAGAUUGCAGAGCUGCAGAAGGCUUUGAGUGAUAUGCAAGUGUACCUCUUCCAGGAGAAGGAGCGAGUCCUUCGUCUGUACUCGGAGAACGACCGCCUGAAACUCAGGGAACUGGAGGACAGAAAAAGAAUCCAACAACUCCUGGCUUUACUGGGAACAGAUGAUGGAGAAGUUACAUAUUUUCAUAAGGAGCCUCCACAUAAGGUUACUGUUCCACAAAGGCCAGCAGAGACCCAGGAACAAGAUGAUGCUUCUAAUGCAGUAGGUAUGGAGAGGAAUACUUCAAAACCAACAGCAAAAGGAGAGAAACCAGAAAGUCCUGAGAGAUAUAAAAGAGAUGAUGAAACACUUCUACUACAGGUGAAGGCCCUGCAAGCUCAGAUAGAAGAACAGACACAAUUAGCCAAGGACCAGGUCGAGGCACUACUCGAGGACAGGCGGAUUCAGAUGGAGGAGGCUGAGGUCCGGCAUCGGAGGGACCAGGAGAAGAUAAAAACUGUAACAGAAAAGCUCCAUAAGACCCAAAAUCUCUUAUAUGAGAGUACCCGUGACUUUCUCCAGCUCAAGUUUGAUGCCAGAGCCAAUGAGAAAGCGUGGAUGGCAGAGAAGGACAGUCUGUUGAGGAAACUUCGCAAAGAUCUGGAUCAUCUUGUUUUCAGCACAGAAUCAGGAAAAAUGAGGCAGAGAGAGCUGAAGAAGAUGAUUCAAGAAGAUGAUGGAACUUCAAAACUCCACAGCAGAGAAAUAAAGUUACUGCAAGACAAGCUAAUGCAGGAAAAGCACCUGUCACACAUGUACAGAGAGCAGUGUGUCUCCCUGGAGGGAGAGGUGGCUAGGAUCCGUGAGGAGAGAGAUGCUGGCAAAGAACUCUUUAAGGAACGCUCAGAAAAGAUGGGGAAGCGCCUGAAACUGAUGACUCAGCGAUGUGAGACCUUGGAAAAACGUCGUAGUAUGGAAGUAGAGGGCUUCAAGAAUGACAUUAAACAGCUUCAGCAGAAGCUGAAAGAUGUAGAGAAGCAGUUCUAUAAGGUGGCUCAGAAUUUGGGACCAGACCAGGAUCUUGCAAUUCUGCGUGAGGUCCGCCAAGGAAACAAACUAACACGUAAAAUUCAGGGAGAACUAAAAGACUUAAAAGCAAAAAUCUAUAGCUUAGAGGAUGAACUACGGCUCUGCUGAAGCUGAAUUAUUAGCUGGCAUCCUAAUUUUAGGAAUGGGACAUUGCUAGACUUGAAUAGUCAUAUGCAAGAACAGCUCCUGCUUGUUUGUUUCCUGGCAUCCAUUGACAGAAGGUUUGAGGAAAUCUGCAGUUAAUGUCAUAAGUGUGUACAUGAGCCAUUCCUAGUGUACCAGAUUAUAUUGCUGCUUGAGCUGAGAGAUGGCACCUGAUAAAACUGACUUUAAAAGUGCAUGAUGACUGAUAUAUCAGGAGUGUGUCUAUGACUAUAUCUUCAUAUCUGUGGAAGGGAUCAGUGUAUAGUGUCUUUUGUCUUUAUUUGGAGCAUAUUAUAAACCACAUAUAUGGUUAUAAUGAAAUUAAUAAUCAUAGAAGGAUCUAGUUCAAGGUCUGAAUUUUGGAUGGCAUUUUCCUAUGUGAGAAGCAGCUUUUAAAAUAGUUUAUAUGAUUACUGUUUUGGUGCUUAGCACCUCAGGAUGUAACUGGAAAUUCUCAUAUGGAAAGUCUGUACUAAAAUGUCUUACAUUUGACUCCUGGACAGCAUAUUUUAAAAUUACUCCUGGACAGUAUUUUAAAAUUACUCCCCUUUUCUUGGUUUUAACCUAAUUGGAACAAGCCUAUCUGGUUUAAUACGGUGGGGAAAGAUAACCCAUUCUAGAACUCAUCUGCAAGGAUGAGCAACAUCUACACGUGUUCUGAAUGCUUCGUGGGGAGGAAGCCUGAAAUUCAGUUUCUCUUCCCCUUCCUCCCAGUUUUUUUAACACACAAAGGAAGCCCAUAAUAAAAGGGAUCUAGUAUCUUCCUUAACCACCUUAUUAUCUGUCUUUGUAGCUCUUAACAAGGUCAUGGUUAUGUGCAGAGAAAUCAUGGUCGGCUUUUGCUACAGCAGUUGUUGCUGCUGAACAAACUGGGGUGGAAGAGCAGGUGCUCAGUUGCUACAUGAGAACUACAACUGUAGCUAUAUAAUGAUUCUCUAGUCAUGUGGUGAUUGUCUUCCUACCAGACAUCACAGCAUCACUGUUAUAGAAAACAGGUGAAAUCAUGAGAAGGGUUACAACAUGGCUUCAGCCCAGUUUGUAAUUGCAGGUAUUCAUGCUUCUACUGUAGCAUCAGCAAAUCUUGUCCACCUUGCAGCCUGAGAGCAGAUCCUUAGUGGAAAAUGGAUUUCAGUGCCUCUGUCUCUUACUUUACCUUUCUUUACUGUGUUUCUGGAGUAUACACCAUACAGGCUACUAGCACUUCCUUUCUCUUUGAGAAGAACUUAGUGUGGGAAAGCAGGCAAUUUCUUUUGUGUGUGGAAGUGGCCGUGCAGAUUCUCAUUUAGUGUUUCAUAGUAGAUAUGGAGAAGAUGGUUGUUUUUGUGCUGUGAAGAUUUGGAGAAGGAAGAACUGUUUUUAUAGUGUGAGCUAAAGCAAUGCAGGAGGGGAAAUUCCCUUAAGACAUCCAUACCCACUUCAGUUGUCUUAACCUUUUUGUGACAAACUAGCUGUCCCUUAUGGUCCUGUACUGUGGCUUUUAUUCUGUAUGUGUUCUUGAGGGCAAUUGAUCACAGACUUCAGUGUGAAUGGCUGACAGUCUGUACCUGGCUGCUCAACUACACUGCAGCUUGCAAGGGGCUGUUUUAAAGGAUGUUGCACUGAUCAGCUGAGCUGAAAAUGCUGAACUGUUCAGAAACUGGUUCAUGAACAACUUGGAUGCCGAUGCGAUGUGGACAGUUAAGGAAGGCUAUUUAAUGCUAUCCAUCAUUUUGUCUCACUCUGUCCUAGCUGACUGGUACUUUCUUAGAGAAAUCAAGCUAAUUAAAGUGAGUUUGUAAGUGAAAUAACGUACUACUGGUUUGAUGAUAAGAUAUCAAAGUUAUCAUAGGGCCUAAAAGGCUGCUUCUGAAAAUUGCUAUGUAAUGAAGCCUUAGCCACUCAUUCAGCAGGAUCCAUCUACUUAAAUUCAGCUGAUAGGAACCUAGCAAAAAGGUCUCUUGAACCUAUGGAAUCCUGUUUAUUUUCAACUCUUCCAAGCUAAAGAAUUGCCUGUGAGAUGACAUCUUCCUCACUUGAAAGCCAUGAAGUGUAUCUGGAUAAAGACUUCAAGCUUUGACAUUCAGGUUUGUAAGACUGGGAGGAAGUACUGGGGGAAGAAGGAUGUAAAUGUUUAAUUUCCUGUCUUCCUUACCAAUAUUCUUUAAUACUUGAAAGACUGAAAAAAAUAAAAUGACAACAUUCCUGAUCUGCUAGUGUAUCGAAAUCAAAGUACAGUUUGAACAUGAUUCUUAUUAUGUCACUAGGCUAUGAACACUUCCUAUGUGAGGGGGCUGGGAGGGAAAUUAUGGUAUUGUUACUCUGGAAAUCCGUUUUGUUUGGAAGCUUGAAUAUUUGUCCAAGUGCAGGAAGUGCAAAGUAUUGUACAUGCUCUUUCUGUGUGACAUCACGUGAUCGUGUGAAAUGUUGCCAAAACAAAUGGGGACCUUCAUGCCAAGAACUGCUUUAAAGAGCCAAGUGCUUCCCACCACUGACAACUACCCUUUAAAAUGUCAACAAAGCGUUAUUUGCAUUUUCAAAAGGGUUUCCUGGGAGAAGUUCCACUACCUUAAUUGCUGACUUUUUUCCCACAAUUUUUGGGUAGAAAUCAAAAAAUAGCAUUUACUCCAAAGAUUGAUUAGCUUUUUUGCUAAUUGAAGUUAGUAAUGUGACUUUUAUCAUUUCAAUACAGGUAAUGCCAGGUUUUGAGUGUAGGAGCAUAGAAUUUGAAAGACUUGCAAAAUGUCUGCUUCUAAGACUAGAGAUGCUAUAGUACAGGAUUAAAGGCUAGAACUGGACAAAUGUUAUUAUUGUGAGCCAAGAUACUGAAAUAUCUCUUGCAUAGCUAGGAGAAAAAUGAGGAGCAGGGGAAACCUUAUUGUUGUGUAGCUUUAUUUAAGUAAAGGAGUGCCUACUUUUCAGAAGGAAUGUGGAAAUAUUGCUUAAGGCCCAGAACCACAGAUGAUUCAGAGGAAGAGAAAAGGUUGUGCAAGAGCUCAUUUUGUCUUGCAUUAAGAAGACUGAUUAAUAUGUGUCUCUUGAAGACAAAAAAACAACCUACCAAAGGCCUCUCUAUCCUAGCAGGGCAAUGCUGAGCAACAACAAGUAGCUUGAACCUGAAGUUAAUUUAAAAAGGCAUACAUUUUUAACAGGAAGACUGUGCUUUUUUUCUUACUGUAACAAACUAGGUGUGGAGGUAACAAAUUCUCCAUCUUUAUCUUCAAAGCAAAAAAUGAUUUCACCUUUGGAGAAGGUAGCUUGUUUUAAUAAGGUACUGGGUUUGACCCAUUAGAACUUAAUGAAGUAUAAUGACUUGAGCUAACAGGAAAUCAUUUAGUGGUUCCUUCUGGCUUUAACCUUAUGAUGUAUUUAUAUGCAGUAUUUGUAGGAGUUUUUUAGUUUUCAUGCAGUUGCUUUAAUUAUAGGGACGUGCUGUGUCAGCUAACCCUACACAGCAAGGUUACACAAGGUAAAACAAAACCAAACCAAAAUUUAAAAAAAUCCCUCAUGAUCUUCCUGUAUCACAAUCUGCAGUAAUUUCCAAGUGAAUUGAUGCUGUGACUGCACUCAGGCACAUCAGCAGUUCUCCUAGGUGUUAGAAUAAGUCCAAGCAGUAAUAUAGUAUAUGCUUGUAUGCAGUGGCUAUAUUUAAAUUGCUUAUGUAAAUAGGAUUAUCAGUUCAGAAACACAUACAUUUUACCACUGUGGAUGGACUCUCUGGGCAGCCUGAUAUUCUGGAAUUGAAAUGUUUCUAUGUAGGCCAGUAAUUCUUUGAUAAUCAGAUAGUAUUUUUGAGACUAGCUGGGAGCAACAUGCCUGUGUACUUUGUUCUGGUAGAUUUGUUCAUACUCAUGAAAAGUGAUGUUGGUCAGACUUUUAAUCAAAGUUCACAAACACAUGUAAUUUGGUGUACUAGAAUGUGUUUGUGCCUGCUCAGUCAAAAUCCUAAUAAAGGUGUCCUGUUUGUCCCUAUUCAAAGUGGCAUCAUAGGUCAUUAGUAGGUAAGGGACAUUUUAAGAAUUUUCUUUCUAAUUUUUCUGCAAUAAUUUGCUUUUCUGUUUUCAAGUUGCUUUAAAUUGUAAGAAGGUAUCCCCUUUACUCCCUAAAGAGUUUUUGUUAAAUUUUCAAGUCUAGCUGUAGAAGUAUACACAUUUUUUAGCCUACGGAUUGGGAUUAUGCACCAGAACAUUCUUGGACGCAGUGUGGAAAGUGUGAGUGGUGGGAGCUGCAGUGAUUCCUUUUGACUGCUGUCUUCAAAAGGUUUUAGACAAAAAGAGCCAAGUUUGUUUGCAUUCUGAGGUUGCAUCAAAAGUUAAGGACUUUCUGUCCAAAACAGGCCAUCAGAGGUAAGCAGUGUUUAACCCACAGGCAGGAAACAUUUCUGCUAUGACUGAAGUAUUUGAGAAGAGUGUGGUGGACUUCUGGUAUUUCCCAUUUAGCACCAAAUGAACUGUUGGAGAAAGGGCAUCUUUGAAUAUAGGGUAGAGUGGCUGCCUGUCAAGAAAGCUCCAGAAAUACAGCUUGAAAAACAGAGCUCUCAAAAGGGUUGACUGUUCACUUACCCUGACUAAAUUGCAUAUUCUAAGAAUUGCAAUGCUGUUGGACUUGGGACAGAUCUGUAAAUACAGAUUAUUUGGGUUUAUUCAGAAAACCCAGAAAGGCUUUUAACACAGAAGUGCUUCAAUGUUAAAGCAAGACAAUUAUUAACUGCACAGGCAUGAAGGGAUUCACUCUUGAAAUGGGUUCAAUUUUAAUAAAAAGCUCAGGAUUUACUCUGGUGAAGCAUGUCUGGGAUGUGCUGAAUGCGCCUGUAUUGAUUCAGAGAUCAAAUUGCUUUUCUUUUACUGUAAACAUUUAUCUCAGUAUAGAGUCACUUCUAAACCAGUACAGCAGUUUUUCCUUUUCAGGCCUAGCUUGGGUGGACAGAUGUCUGCAGGGAAUGCUGCUCAUCUUUGUGUUCUGUAACGUCUCUGAUGACUAUAAUGCGUCUUUGGGACUUCUUGAAAAGUAAGGAUGAUGAGCACAGUCACUUAAAAUAUAAACCAAGUAUUACGUUUAAGACAGGGAAAGGAGAAAUUUAGGCAAGACUAGAUUUAAAACAUGGAUUUCCAAAAUUAUCAAAUACAUACAUACAUCUUUCAUUAUGGUAAAUAUCUAAAGCCUGCAAAGUGUCUUGAAAGUGUGCAGUAAAAGGAAGUCUCAAACUGCAGCUCAGCCGUGCCAUACAAACAUUGGCAGUGUAACUAUUGGUAAAAUAUGACUGUGUUAGCCCAACCCCCUGUAUCAACACAACUGAAUCAGGCAAGGAGGUCCUGUUGCAGGUAGGUUGUUAAUUGUGGGGCCACACUGAUUCCCUUGCAGCAAUGUUCAACUGCAGCGUUGACAGGGAUUUUCCUGGGAAUGCUCCACCAGUAAUGCCUUUUAGAGCCCAAUCAAAUCCUGAGGAGCUGAAAAGAGAAAUAAUGGGGAACCGUGCUUUCAGAAACUGCCUUUUCCUCUUAGAAACACUUCUGCCUUUGAGCCAUUUUGAUGAAAAAUGUUGAGAUGAAGUCAUUUGUGCUUCAGAGCAUAGCUGAGGUCAGGAAGAGGGGUAUGGAGCCACCAGGGUGGUGAAGUCUAGGGACAGUUGGGUCUCUUUGGUGUGGAACUUGUAAUUAGUGUUGAAAAUUGCACAAGAAGAAAGAAGGGAAGGAGCAAGUGGCAGAUAAUUGAAUCUUUGGGGAGCCUACAGAGAAACUGUUGGCAUGGAGCUAAAAGUGAUUUACAGAACAGACAAAUACUUGUUAGAUAACUAGAAGCAAAAAUAUAACAAGAGGCAGAGAGAUGCACAGAGAUGGAUCUAGAGAGGGGAGCCAGGAGGAAUGGGAGAUGUGUGUUAAGUGCUGCACUUGUGUCAAAGGCUGCUUUUAUCCUGAGGAAACAUAGCCAAAAUAGAAAACAAGCAGCAGCUCAAACAAAGCCAAAAAAUACUCCAGUUGGCUCUUCUGGCAAAGAGUCAGUUUCUUUGAAGUGGGUAUUCAGGGUGGGCUGGGAGAUGUGUCCUGAAGCCAGCAGCAAUGUCCAACAUUGAAGGCUGGUCCAUCAGGCAGUCAGCAGUGCCAGCUCCCUGUCUGAGUCAUCUCCACACCCCACGGGCCCUAUUCCUGCACCCCCACCUCCAGCUCACCUGCUGUUCCUCUCCCUGAAGGGGCAACCCCAGCAUCUGCUGCCAUACUGCACACAGUGAGGGUGAGAGGUGGAAGUCUGGGCAUGCACUUGUGUGACUUGGGAUGCUUGAGAAUUCGGGAAUAUAAGACUGCAAGUAGACUUGAGAUAAAAACAGUUAAGUGAGGUGGUUUUAAACAUCACUGCCAGAAUUUUAUUCCUGGACAUCUGUUCUUUCUGCAAUGAAUCAGUGGUCCAAAAUAAAUUAUUUUAAGUACAGUGCAGAGCUAGUCAAAUUUAUGACUUCACUCUUUAUUACACAUUCAGAUUAGUUUUGUUCCUUAAUACUGUUCUGCUGUAACUAUAUUGUAACAGAUAGCACCAUGCCAUAGUUAUUUCCUUAAGCUUUUUCUCCAGAGACAAGAGCUUUUCUGCACUACAGCACAGUUCUAUCAGGAAAAAGUUUGUUUCUUUAGAAGUUGACAAUGCUACUGUUAGUCUUUACUUUCACUUUUCCCUUUCCUCUAUUUUAGUACAAUGUUCACUAGAGAAAAAUGUGAUUACUUAUUUUAAUAUGCAGCAAAGUGCAGUUGUUAUUUUUCAAGCAUAAGGUUGUUCAUUAAAGAAAUGCAGAUAACUUUCUGCUAAGAAUACAUCA